AGUUAAAAUUUUCAAAAUAAUUAAAUUCAAGUCAAAUGGAAUCGCGAACAGGACAAGCUUCCGAAUUAAGUGGCGCUGACUUAAGACGAGAAGCCCGAAGAAGAAAAAUUCUGGAAUCAGCCAAGGCCCGUUUAGAAAAAUUAAAUGGAGGAGUUAAAUUAGUUGAAUCCAAUAAUACGGAUGGUACAGCAAAAGAUUAUUCAGACCCAGAAGUUGAGCCAAAUGUUCCUAUCGGUGUUGGAGUAUCUCAAGAAGAACUAUUUUUCUCCACUACGCGCUUUUCGUCCAGUAGUAACCGUGAAACUCAAAAUAAAUAUAUUAGAUGUAGGGUUCACAUUUUUAUGGCUUCAGUUUUAGGUUAUAUCGUAUCAUGCUAUGUUUCAAAUUCUCUUUUUAUUCCCGUUUUUCUAUGUAUAUUGAUUGAGAUAUUUUACUUUAAUAAGCAGCUAAAAAUUCAAAAUAAUAUUGUCUCGAUGAUAUUACCUAUUAUAAUUAUGUUUACGGGAGAAUUAAUAGGUAAUAGAAUUAAGCAAGUUAAUCGGUUUCUUUAUAUACUGCAGUAUCUCAUUAUAAAUCUUGCUGUUAAUAUUUUCUGUAUAUGUAUUAGUAGUUACGUAUUUAAAUUUAAAAUAUCAAGUCAUGUUGCUGAUAUCAAAUAAAAGUUCAAUAUUUCUGUA